UUCCCGUAAGGCCAUCGGUUUUCGUGUUGGGAUAUGAAGAGCCCUUCCCCAACGAUUCCAUUGUGAGUCGCUGGGUUUUAAGAUGUAGGUGAAGACGAGCACUUCCCAUCCGCAGCUAGUAAAAAGGAUUAAAAACGCGAGACGUCGGUACUGCUUUAAUAUAGCACUCUUCAGCUCCGGUUCGGUUCUGUAAUGGUUGUCAACGAUAUCUUUCCCUACUAUGCGAGUGCGAUCUUCAUCUUUCUUCCUCAUAAAUCGAAGUGAACUUCUACACCAGAGCCCCUUCCCUUUCUUACAACAUUCUCAUGUGUGUGAAGUCGAACAACGCUAUGCCUAUGUGAUCGAUACUGACGUUCAUCUGAUUUCUGUUUGAAUGAUGCGCAACAUCGGUAUUCGUGCAAAGAAAUACUUCGGAUUUAUCGUGCACCAUUCGUCCUUUAUUAAAGUAGCAGUCCAAACGAGACCAUAUUACAGAAUGAUAUAGAGGAACGCAGAAACGAGGAGAAACGCUGCAGCGAAAGGAAGUUCGAUGAUGGAUUUUAUGCACGACGUCACCAGGCUUCUUUGUGACCCCAAUGCACGCGCAAUACUAGAAUUCACAACUGGCACACACCCCAUAGUACGUAUGAGAGCCGUAACCUCAUAAAAGUCUUUCCAAAUUUGUUGCCCACCAUGCUCAUUCAUAGGCAACUUCGCACACUAGUACAAAAACGCCUUAGGUCAUGUAGUUAUCCUCAGUAAUUGUUCCCCUCAGUAGUGUGACAUACAAACGAAGUGCAUUUUCCAUGGUGCUCGUAUAGUUUAUCGAUGACAAAGACAUUUUCGCAUUCCAGAAACUAUGCCGGCUGUUUUAGCUAUCGACCGGUGCUGGUCGGAUCCCAGACGCGGACGGGAUUUGGGCGAGUUCGGAUGUUUGGGUGGUCACCGGUAUUGGCAACCGAAUGCAAUCGUCCGUUGUCUUGCGUGUUAUUGCAACGGCGCUUGUUGCACGGGCGUGUGUCUGACAGUUAUCAUAACUGAAAAGUUCCCCGCAGCCCCAAGAAAGUGAAAGUUGGUGAUGUUUUUCAUCCGUAAAACGUUUUCACAUGCUGUUUCUUUGUCUUGCAUAAAAAAAAACAUCUUGCAUAAACAGGAUGAGCCGCGUUUGUUUUAAAUCUAGGCUGGUAUGUUUCGCGCAGCUCCAACAUGUUAUGACACAUCAUCUGUGCGCCCUGUAUUUCAGUGUCCUCGUAAAUCAAAAUUUAGAUUUGUACAUCAAGUAGACAAAAAUGUUGCCUAGGGAAACUUUGCAGGCCAAGCACUUCCAGCACACCUUAGGGUUGUAGGGGAAGUUUUCAGUGUGAUAAGGGCGAACUUCGAUGGGAUGGAUUCCCCAGCGUGCAAAACCGAGUUCUGUUUGCACCUCCUGCACAACUGGACCUGGCUCUAUUGGUGCUGCUGUAUCUCCUACCCCAACGUUGCUGUGCUUGCCACAGGCUGGUUAAUCAUGAUAUUUCUUCACAUCCUCUGGGAAGUCCUUAACUGUUACCACCUCUGUUUGUGGGAUGCGCGUACCUAUGGCGACGAGGGCUGGGGUUCUCAGCGCGGACCAAAGCCCAUAGUCCUGCAUUCACCGGUGAUGGUCCACCAAAGCUACUACGAGAGUGGAUACGCGUACAAGGGAAAAGGAAAGGGGAAGGGGAAGGGAGGAUACUGGUAAAGAUCACGGCGACGCGCGAUAGAUCUCACUUACCUUGAGUCAGUCAAGAAUGGCGUACUGCAGAUCCAAAGAACGCAUCUUGUAUCUAAGAAAGUCAUACACAUAGAGUGCUUGCAGAACAAACAUCUCCACAUUGUUGCGGAGGCUCAAGUUUUACAUCCCCGUAGCCCCUAGUUUCCUAGUAGAUUGUUUUUAUUCCUAAUGACUCGUCGAAAUAAAGGCGCUUACAAAGCUACGCCGUUCUGCUUCCGUGUCAGUCCAACUAUUCCAAAUUUCCACAUGAAAAAAACAUGUUGUGCAGCACAAUCGACAUGGAGUGGGAAGACGCAAAUAAAAGAUAGUCACGCUGCCAC